UAACUGAUUAACAGUACACGUUGCAUGCGCAUGUUACAAAAGAAAGAAGCCAUUUAGCAAAUGAUUCAAAGAAAUUAAGCUUUUCAUACAAGGGAUUGGAAUUGGAUAUUAUGGAAACCUUUAUUAAAGUUAAGGACAUAGCACUGCCGAAUAAGAAGUUUGUCGAUAAUUAUACUUCCGUCUUGGACCACACGCUGAUUAGAGAUGUGAUUUGGGACAAGGACCUUCAUGAUGAAGAUAGCAUAAACAAAUUCAAGGAAUUUUCCUCCGGUCUAUUGUCACUCGAUGAAGUUGAAUUGACCAACAUUUUUAAUACGCUCGAUUUUGAACAAUGUGUUUCUAUGGACGAUCCAAAAACUACGGAGAUUGUUACAAGUAUAGAAUGUUUCAUAACUUCUCUCCUUCAAAAGGUAGGAGAACUUGAUGCACGAUUCAAGUCUUCCCUUAUCAAGGGUGGAAGUUUUUAUGAUGGAACGAAAAUAGGAGAAAUAGAUGAGUUCGAUUUUGUAGCACUAAUUGAUGCAUUAUCGAAAGAAGGGGUUCUCGAGGCCCGAGAAGCAAAACAAAAGAAAGGUUUUGUGUUUCUGACCGUUAAGGACAGGGGAGAAAUGAAGGAAUUUGAAGAAUUUAUCGAUACCGAUGGAGUCAUUUGUGUUAAAAUGUUUAAACAGCAUUUUUCAGACCUUUUAUUUUCUGCUCUAUCUGAAAUAGAGAUACCCGAAAACAUUAUUCCAUCUAGCAGAUUUAACAGUGGAGAUGAAAACGAUGAUGACUGGGUACCAUUGUACCAUGGGCCUUGUGCGAAACUAAAUUUGACCUACAUUUGCAAUACAACGCCAGAUGUUAUUGAAAUUGACAUAGAUAUUGCACCUGGUAUCACAUUCCCAAAUAAGAUGUAUAUUCCACCAGUUCUUGAAAAGCUUACUCAUUUACAUCCAAAUGAAUUUCUUCAGACAUUGAAAGAAUUAUGCGACAAGGAAGACAUAUUUGUUGUUCCAUUCGAUUUUGAUACUACAGAAAAAAUAGGUGUGUCGUCGUGGACUUAUAAAUACAGUGAUACAUGGAGAAUUUCAUUUUCCUCCAUUGAAAAAGCUGUGUUUUCAUUAUACAGUCACAAAAGUACAGAAAAGACCCUUUAUAGACUUCUAAAAAUUCUAAAGGAAUUUCACUUUCAAAAGUCUGAUGAUGUCAUCGAAAAAAGUGGCUCCAAACAAUUGAAAUAUUACGAGCCACCAAGCACACUUAUGUCUACAAGUGGUUUAACCAUUCAGCCCUUGUUCUGCCAUGACCAUGACACAGACGAAGACGAAGAGGAGUCGAAAAAUCACAAAGUAGAUUUUAAAGAAGGAUUUUGUGUUGAAUCAGAAUACCAAAACAUUAAUUGUGAGGCGAAUGAUUACAAAGCCGCUUAUGACAAGACAAAAGAAAAUUCUAUUCAAUGCAAGUCGAGAAACAUUUUGUUAAACACAAUAGUGGAUACAUCAUCUAAAAAACAUGAAAUCCGACAUAAUGAAUACAAACCAAAACUUCCGACUCAUUCCGAUCAGAAAAUGACAUGUACAAACAAUAGAACGAGUACCAAAAGUUUUGUCGAACUUUUUCCUGAAGGUGCAAGUUUCCCAAACAUAGUAAGUUUUAAAUAUGACAACAAUCCAUUUACAAGAGAUUCACAUGCUACUGCGGGGUAUUCUGCACCUGGAAGUUCCAUGCAGACUACAUACUCUGAUUCUCUUCAUAAUUAUUCGAACAGUUCAAACAUUUCCAAUAUAAAUGACAUAGAAAUUCUAUAUUUGAGAGAGAAGGCUUCUGAUGUGGUAAGGCAAGAUAUAUUCGAUGCAAAAACUCAAGCAGAACAUUUUAAUGAGAGUCAAACAUCUUCAUCAAGCAACGAAAUAGAUUCAACUGAGUCAGGUACAUUGAUUUCACAGACAACCCCUUUCGGAGAUACUUUUAAGAUUUUGAAAUACAGAGAGUCGUUGCCUCUUUUCAAGACUUACUAUUUGAAGAUGCUCUUUCUUGCAAUGAAAACAGCUUAUCCUAGAGAUAAUGACUGGGCACAGGACAAAUUAUGUUCUCUUGUGAUAUCGGCACUGCAAAUGUUAUAUUACGCUUUCUCGUCCAAACAGAAGGGGUUUCUUAAUUACUGGUUCCAAGAUUAUGUGGAAAAUCGUACACGAGAAUCUACUUCAAUUGAAAUUAUUUUCUGUUUGCAUGAAACACUCGCACUGUUCAAAGAAUUUGCAGAGAUGCCAGACAUCUAAUAGAACUUCCUUCGCAUUUGAAAUUUGAGUCAUCGAUGUUUUUUGAAAAUUUUUUGGUUCUAUAAAAGACGAAACAAUUGUCCGGCGUACACAUUUUGAAUCCUGGUAUCUUUGACGUAAUUAUUUACUACCGAUACAACAAAUAUUUGUAUAAAUAAAUGGACAAAAAAUGGCAAAAACAUAUACUGUAAACCAACUUAUUUUCGCAGAUACUUUAUUUCGCGUUUAUCCCCAGCUAUUCCAAUUUGCGGCGAUUUUGUUUAGCGAUUUUCAAAUUUACUUCGUGUAGUUUGAUAAGGAAAGAUCUAAGUUGUACAUAUUCACGACGAUUUAAUUUCGCGUAAUUUUUCUACUCGCGAAAGUCGCGAAAAUAAAUCGCUCGCGAAAAUAAGUUGGUUUACAGUAUAUGUUCCGAUAAUAUAUACAUUUUGUAGCUUUGUACAUGAGCAUUAAUUCCCCUUAUUCAACACUUGCAUAUCUAGAUGUGCUUUUCAUAAACUGUUAUCAAAGAGAUAUGUUUCACUUUUUUGUAAUUUUGAUAAUGCAAAUGUCGAAAUUAAAUAGCAAUACUUUAA